AUGGGCACAGUAUACUCAUCGACAAAAGAAAACAAAUAUCCAAAUGUAGAUUGUAUACCGUGUAUAAAACCACAAGAUAAAGCACCGGGAAAUCCAGGAAGUUUUGAAGAGAUACACAAAAAUGUUAAAAAUCUUUAUCCGCAAAAUUUUGAUGGUGCACGGCUUGUCAUUAACAAAGUUCUUAGUAAACAUUUUAGCGUAACACAUACGAUUACUCUCAGUUCAGUUACACCAUCUGGAUAUAAAUUUGGUACAAUGUAUGUUGGUAAAAAAGUAGUCAAUUUAAAUGAAAGAUAUCCCGUAGCCGUGGGAGAGAUCACACCACGUGGAAACUUGACAGCCUCUUUUGUGCAUACGUUCGGAUGUAGAUUUAGGUACAAAUUAUCGGCACAAAUUGCCAAUGGAAAAUGUAAAGCAUCAAGUUCCAGCAUCGAAUAUCGGUCAAAUGAUUUUACCGUUGCAAUGACUCUAGCAAAUUUAAAAAGUUGGAAGAAUCAAGGAACAGUAGUUGUACAUUUUUUACAAUCGAUCACAUCGAGGAUCGCGUUAGGAGCCGAAAUUGCAUGUCUUCGUGGCCCGAGAGUUCCAGGCAAUCAACAGACGAUAAUGUGUCUAGCAUUUAGGCACAGUACAGGACUCACAACAUUAUCUGGAACAAUAGGUGAAGCGGGUCUUCAUCUUUGUUAUUAUCGUAAAGCUAGCUCGCAAUUAGAACUCGGUGUUGAAUUAGAAACAAAUACAAGAACUCAUCAAUCAAUUGCUACUAUAGUUUAUCAAGUAAACGAACCGUCCGCGGAUCUUAUUUUUCGAGGUAUUGUGAAUUCUGAGACUACAGUCGGUGGCGUAUUCGAAAAAAGGCUAUACCCAAUCCCAGAAUCCUCGCUGAUUAUUAGCGUACUUUUAAACCAUAAAGAACAACAUUUUCGCGUGGGCGUUUGCCUUAAUAUCGGACAAUGA